GGGGCUGGGCGACCCUCAGUUCUGUUGCUGCCGGUGAGGCGGGAGAGCGCCGGGGCCGACACGCGCCGUGACCACUGUCAGACCACGGAAUGAUGUGGCCCACAAGCAGCUCUCAGCUUUUGGAGAGUAUGUGGCUGAAAUCUUGCCCAAGUAUGUCCAACAAGUUCAGGUAAUACGUACCACUGUUAUUUGGGUCUGGGCCAAGAAAGAACCAUGUUCUCAGAGCAUGUGGGAGUGGGCAGACUGGUUUCAAAGAAACUACAGACUCCUCCAUCCCAACCUUGGACUUUUCCCUCAGCAUUAAGCCAGGUGACUCCAGCUGAAGUUAGCUGUUCCCUCAGUAGCUCUUUGUUCCCUCUCCCCUCCCUUCCAUGUGUGCAGGUGUCCUGCUUCAAUGAGUUAGAGGUCUGUAUCCAUCCUGAUGGCAUCAUCCCAGUGCUGACUUUCCUCAGGGAUCACACCAAUGCACAGUUCAAAUCCCUGGUUGACUUGACAGCAGUGGAUGUCCCAACUCGGCAGAACCGUUUUGAGAUUGUCUACAACUUGUUGUCUCUGCGCUUCAACUCACGGAUCCGUGUGAAGACCUACACAGAUGAGCUGACGCCCAUUGAGUCCGCUAUGUCUGUGUUCAAGGCAGCCAACUGGUAUGAAAGGGAGAUCUGGGACAUGUUUGGAGUCUUCUUUGCUAACCACCCUGAUCUAAGAAGGAUCCUGACGGAUUAUGGCUUCGAGGGACAUCCUUUCCGGAAAGACUUUCCUCUAUCUGGCUACGUUGAGGUACGCUAUGACGAUGAGGUGAAGCGGGUGGUGGCAGAGCCGGUGGAGUUGGCCCAAGAGUUCCGCAAAUUUGACCUGAACAGCCCCUGGGAGGCUUUCCCAGUCUAUCGCCAACCCCCGGAGAGUCUCAAGCUUGAAGCCGGAGAUAAGAAGCCUGAAGCCAAGUAGCUCCAGGGAAGGCAUGUGGAUCCUAGACAGCGCCUUAUCUAAGAUUGAGUGUCGGUGUAAAUAAAUUCCUACUUAGACUCACCAA